UUUGGGCAGUGACAAUGUGCAUAUGUUUUGAUUCCAGGGCCCCCCCAUUGGCUCCCAGGCUCCACUUUAAUGAAGACAGACCAGCUAUUAAACUCACCAGUUUCAGCAAGCCAUAAUCCAUCUUCUAGAGUUCCUCUGACCUUACAAGUUGGAGUGAGAUUUUCUAACAUGUUGCUUGUUAAAGGAUAUUACCAAGUAAAUGUUUUGGGUUAGCAAAUACACAUAUUUUCCUGUUGGUGUUUAGUUUGAAAAGUGUACAGUGCUUGGACUCUUUCAUAACAAGCCUGAGAUAAAGAUCAAGAGCAGUAAAUCAGAUAAGUGCUGUGAAGAGGAACAGCAAAGUUACCCCUGAGCUUAAGUAAGAAAAAGUCCAAGAACAGUGGAAAUGGACAGAUAAGUUUUUGUAGUUGUCAUUCCUCACCAUUAAAGUGAAUUACAACUGCUAAAUCCAGAAUACCCACAGAGUUAUAAUAAAACUGAUUCAAUUAAUUUUCUGUUUACGUGCACAUAAACAAGUGAUGAAAAAUAUUGCUGGAUAUUUUCCAAGAAAUUUCUUUAAGCUAUUCCACUUUUUCCUAAAUACUCCAUGCCUGGGAAAGGAAAAGUUUGGGGCAGUCCCAAUCAGCCAGUCUUCUAUCUUUAAUAGGUACGUAAUCAUUUUUGCUUUAAAAGUUACAUGAGUCACAAAUCAUCCCUGUCACAUGAAGCCAGGCUCAUCACAGUUGGAAGGAAAAAGGUGCCCCAAAUGAAGUUUGCCACAGAUACCUGAAUUAUAAUACUGUUUGGAACUGAAACCCAAGAAAAUUGCACCUUCUGGAGAUCAGAUUUCAUGGAUUCGAAUUCCAGAACUGUGGUGGUGACUGGUUUUGGUCCCUUCAGACAAUACCUGGUUAAUUCUAGCUGGGAAGCAGUGAAGGAGCUGUCCAAGAGAGGCCUUGGUGAAAACAUCGACCUCCGGAUCAUGCAGCUGCCAGUGGUUUACCAAAAAGCAAAGGAGCAAGUCUGCAAGAUAUGGACAACUCUUCAGCCACUGCUUACAGUUCAUGUUGGGCUGGCUUCCUCCGCCACAGCGCUCAUCAUCCUGGAGCAGUGUGGGAAGAACAAAGGCUACCAGGAGAGGGAUGCUUGUGGUUUUCACCCAGAAGGUGCCUGCUGCGUGCUAGAUGGCCCAGAAAAGAUUGAAUCUACAAUUAAUAUGAAGAGUCUCUGGAGAAACAUCUCAGUGGAAGGGAUUGAUAUCAUCCUUUCCAGAGAUGCGGGAAGGUACAUCUGUGAUUACACCUACUACACUUCUCUGUAUUAUGGCAAUGGAAAAGCUGCUUUCAUCCACGUCCCUCCAUUAUCUGAGUCAGUAACAGCAGAAUUUCUAGGAAAAGCAUUACAGACCAUUAUCUUAGCAAUGUUAGAACAGUGUGGGGAACAAAGAGAGAUGGAUCAUAGAGGGAAAAAAUGAUGAUUUCUUAGAAUGCAAUUCCUUACCUCUUAAAUGAAGCAGUUCUAAAGAUUAUUUAAAACACACACAAAGGAUUUUAUAGCCCAUGUUAUUUUCAGUGAAAUUUCCUUGCAAAACCCAACCAACCAUUUGCAACUCUUAGAAAAGGCUUGAGGGGAAAAAAAAACUCCAAAUGAUUGGUGGUUCAUAUUGCUAACAAUACAGUUGUUCAGAUUUCAGAAAGCGUGAAACUGGACUGGAAACAUUUUAGAUGCUUAAUCCUGGUUGUGUUGGUUAGAAAGACACGAAUAAAGACUUGCUGACCCCAGGUGGAUGCUCACAGCUACAAGGACUCAGCACAGGAUGGAUGUUACCAGAGACCCCCCUCAGCCCCUGUGUGAGUCCAGAGUUCAGGCCACAAAAAACGUGGCUAUGGGAGAAACCAAAACACACCUGGGGAUUCUGGUAUGUGGAGUUUUAAAAUUCUGCCUUACUGACCUGCUGUAGAUUCUCCUUUCCACAUCAACAACAGGCUGUGACCCAGAAUGACUUCAGAGUACAGAGAAAACUGGAAACCAGCAGGAUCUAUAAUGAUCUUGGUAACUUGAAUUUCAACCCAAAACUGCCACUUGCCCCAAAUUCUCAGUGCCUGUCCCAAAGGAAAACCCCAUAGUCCUUCCACAGCCCAAAGGCAAAUCCCACAGCUAAUCUGUCCCAAGAGAGGCAGUCCUGGAGCACUGUGCUGUGGGGAGGGUUAGGGCAUGUGAGGUUACCUACAGAACAGGAACCAAAGCAGAUCCCAAACUGUAAAACCCAGGACUCCUCCACAUCUCAAACAGCUCUGUGCAGAAGUGCUGGUACUGCAGAGGGUCACAGCACUGCCCUUCAGCUCACAGGCAAUGUCCAUGCCUGAAACUCUGCUGCCAGGACACAGGGACAAGAUUCAAUCAGUCAGUGGAACAGCACAGCAGCAGCUCAAUCUGGACACCUGAUUUCCUGAGGGAAACAAAAGCCUGCUC